CCCAUGCGCCAUUUUGCAGUUUAUUCCCCGUCCGUCCUCCCCGAACUUUCCUUUUGCAGACUAGUGUUGUACGCUCGUUCGGCGAUGCGAGGCCGCAUCGUCAGCCCCUUCCUCGGGACGGCCCUCGCCCUGGACCUCGGCAGCUGCACGGAUCGGAGUCGGAGCUGACGCGCAAGCCGGGAAUGUUCAGGCGGGUGCUGGGGCCCGGGGAGCGGAGCCUGGCGCCGCUGCGCGGGCUGCAGCCUGUGCCGGCGGCGCCCGUCCGCCCGCCCUCGCCGUCGGACCGCAGCGUCGCCUCCUCCGUCCGCGGGGGCCUCGCCGGCUCCAAGGGGAGAUCGUCGCAGUCCGCGCCGAUGCUGCCCAGCCUGGACAGGCACCGCGCCGAGAAGCUGCUGCAGAAGCAGCAGGCGCAGUGCGCCAGCAUCCUGGAGAAGGUCCAGGUGCUCGAGGCAAUGAGGUCCGCUGGCCGGCUCCAGGACCCCAGGCGGCGGCUGCGCGGGCCGAACCAGGUCAUGUCGGCGGCCGUGCUGCAGCCGCUGCCGCCGCUGCCCCAGCUGCCCGCGGGCCUGGUCAUCGGCGUUCCCGCCGCGGCCCCCGACGGCUGGGACGGCGGUGUGCCGCAAGAGCCCGUGCCAGAAGACCUCCCGGAACAGCAGGGCGGCGAGGCGACGCUCCAGGCGUGGCCCGAGGAGGCCGAGGCGGCGCCCAGCGGCGCCAGCCCGCGGGGCUCCGAGGCGCCGUGCGCGGCGCCCCCGGCCGCCCCCGAGGCGGCGCGGGAGCCCAGCCCGCGCGAGGGCGGCGGCCGUUUGACGCCGCCGAGGCUGGAGAGGUACACCGGCAGGAGCCCGGAGGCGACCUGGCUGCCCGUCCCGGAGGAGGCCGCUGCGCCCCCCGCGCCGGAGGACGCGGCCGCGGCCCAGGCGGCGGCGGCGGCCGUGGCCGCGGACUUCUCCACCUGGGCGGAGGAGGAGCGCCGCGCGCGCGCCGCGAGGCUCGCGGCGCGCCAGACGCGCCAGCAGCGCGACGCUGGCGACGACGAGCUGGCCGCGGCGGUGGCUUCCGAGGCCGGGCACGAGGAGAGCCUGACCGCCGCGCGGGAGGAGGCGCGGCGGGCGCGGCGCGCCCUGGAGGAGGCGCAGCGGACCUCGGAGGAGAUCCGCGCCGCGGAGGCCGCCCGGGAGGAGGCGAGGCGGCUCGAGCAGCUCACCGUCUUCGACGCGGCGCCCGGCACUGACCAGUCCACUCGUGCGGCCUUCCGCGCGCAGCGGCGGGCGGAGGCUCAGGGCGGCGCGCUGGCCAGGGCCAAGGCCGCCGUCGGCAGCGGCGACUGGGACCUGCAGGCCGCCGAGGUCGUCGGCGAGGCUGCGGAGGCCGUGCAGCGGGAGCGCGUGGCAGCCGAGGCUGCUGCGCGGCGGGCCGAGGAGCUUCUGGCCACAGAUGCAGCGGCGGCUCUCGGAGCAGAGGCGGAGCUCGCGGCCGCCCAGGUGGAGGAUGAGCGCCUGGCUUUGGAGGCGGGUGCGACAGCGCAGGCCGAGGAGGACCGCGCGGCCGCGGAGGCAACGGAGGCCGCGAGGCAGGCCGAGGAUGCCGCUCUGGCCGAGGAGGAGCAACUGGCCGCGGAGGCGCAGGCCGCGAGGCAGGUCGAGGAGGAGCGCAGGGCCCUGGAAGCGGAGGUUGCCGCUCUGGCCGAGGAGGAGCGACUGGCCGCGGAGGAGGAAGAGGCCGCGAGGCAGGCCGAGGAGGACCGUACUGCCGCGGAGGCGGAGGCUGUCACCUUGGCCGAGGAGGAGCAACUGGCCGCGGAGGCGCAGGCCGCGAGGCAGGUCGAGGAGAAACGCAUGGCCCUGGAAGCGGAGGUUGCCGCUCUGGCCGAGGAGGAGCGACUGGCCGCGGAGGAAGAGGAGGAGGAGGAGGCCGCGAGGCAGGCCGAGGAGGACCGCACUGCCGCGGAGGCGGAGUUUGCCACUCUGGCCGAGGUGGAGCAACUGGCCGCGGAGGCGCAGGCCGCGAGGCAGGUCGAGGAGAAACGCAGGGCCCUGGAAGCGGAGGUUGCCGCUCUGGCCGAGGAGGAGCGACUGGCCGUGGAGGAGGAGGAGGAGGAGGAGGCGCAGGCCGCAAGGCAGGUCGCGGAGGAACGCACCGCCAUGGAGGCGGAGGCUGCGGCUCUGGCCGAGGAGGAGCAGCGGGUCGCGGAGGCGCAGGCUGCGAAGAAGGCCGAGGAGGACCGCACGGCUGCGAAGGCGGAGGCUGCCGCUCUGGCCGAGGAGGAGCGACUGGCCGCGGAGGCGCAGGCCGCAAAGCAGGCCGAGGAGGACCGCGCGGCCGCGGAGGCGGAGGCUGCGGCUCUGGCCGAGGAGGAACGCGCGGCCGCGGAGGCCGCGAGGCAGGCCGAGGAGGACCGCGUGGCCGCGCAGGCGGAGGCUGCCGCUCGGGUCGAGGAAGAUGCAGAGGCUGCGCGGCAGGCCGAGCGGGUCAGGGUGGAGGCGGCCCUGCUCCGCGCGGAGCAGCGCCUCGCCGCGGAGGCCGCGGAGGACGCGGCGGAGGCGGCGAGGCACGUCGUACGGGUCACCCGCCGCCAGCGGGUGGAGGUGGCAGCCGCGCCGGGGGAGGCCGGGAGCACGCCCGUCGCGGGCGAAGCGCAGUACGAGUCCAAGGUGGACUCCUGGUAG